UGACGUGUCGGAAGUGACGCAGCCGCAGCUCACGCUCAGAGGAGACCUCCAUAAAGUUCGCUUUCACUUGCAGCCAUGCCAGUGUGGUUCGUGUCAGCCGAACCGAGCCUUCACGGGACAUACCGCGGGAGCUGGAGCGGCUGAGGACACACACGUUGAGAGCCGAGCGGAGCGGAGCGGAGCCGAGCCGAGCCGAGCCAAGCGGAGCGGAACGGAACGCGUCCAUUUGUAGCAUGUUAGCGCGGCUAGCGACGAGCUAACGGGAGCAAACACGAAGCUAAGCUGAGUUGAAGGUUAAUGACUCAAACCUCUGCUGUCAAACAGGACCAGGCUGGUGAAGAGGAUGGAUGGAGUCAGCUGGAGCGCCACCCGGGCCCAGGAGUCGUUCAGCCGCUCCAGGACGGCAGCGGACACCCUGUCCAAGCUGGCCAGCUUCAUCGCGCGCAGAGAGACGAAACCGCCGCCGCAAACCCCGAGACAGCCGCAGCCGUCCCACCUGCCCACGUUUGUCUGCUCGGAGUGCGGUAAGGGCUUCCCGUACGCGACGGAUCUGCUGCACCACCAGGAGGUGAAACACGCCUUGCCCAAGCCUCACCGCUGUCCCUCCUGUGGGCAGGCGUUCUCCCUGAGGUCGUCCCUGCAGCUACACAAGUGUGGCCACGACUCCUUCCCGUGCGAGCUUUGUCACGGAGAGUCGCGUCUCGGUUCUCCGUGUCCAGCGUGUACGACCCGCACCUCAGAACCCGGCAGGGGGCCGCCUCACAUCCUGGACAGGAGCCCGUACGCGUGUGCCCCAUGCGGGAGAGGCUUCAGCCAGAAGCAGGCCCUGCUGCACCAUCAGCAGGCCGGUUGUAGCGAACCACCGACCCCGUCAGAUCUAGUUGACGCCGGUAGCCUUCCAGAUGAUUCUCCGCCAGUUUCGGAGGGGGACUCGACCCGCUCGGAUUCUUCAGACACCCUGCGAUCCAGCAGCAGAACUGUCAAUAUGUGCCAAUUCUGUUUGAGAAUUUUCCGCACAGAGGCUGGACUGCAGCGCCAUGAACAGACCAGUCAUGCAGACGAGCGGUCAGACCUCAGACAAGGUGCUGGUGGAGAAGCGUGGAAAGGAGGGAACGCUAAGGCGGAUGGAGAUCCGAUUAAAAGGCCAAAAUCUGAAAAGAAGCUUCUGAACUGUCGCUCCUGUGACAUGGUUUUCAGGAGCACCUCUAAGCUGUACCUGCACAGAAAAGAGAAGCACAGCAGAGAGAAAAACAUCAGGAGAGAACCGAGGCCGGUCCUGAGCAAGCGCCGAAGAGGAGGCGCGUAUCCUUGUCAGGUCUGCGGGAAAGUCUUCCUCCAUCAUUUGUCACUUAGGGCGCAUUACAGACGGCACACCGCCACAUGCUUCAACACAAUCAAAACUGAAAGCCAGUCUGCGGGAUGCACCACCAAAGACUCUGAGUUAUCAGAAAAUGGACCAAAUAAAGUCAGAACCAGCCCAGCAGAUAACAGGACUGGUCCAGGGAGGCCCAGGAAAGAGCCCAGAUCAGAGAACAAGAUUACUGAUCCAGAGCGAUGCAGAGAAGUGCCUGAAGAAGAAGAGGAGGAGGAGGAGGAGGUAGAGCGAGAGUUCCCAUGCCCCUCCUGUGCAGAGGUUUUCUCCGUGCAGUCGCAGCUGAAGGACCACAUGGAGCUCCACCAGUCCUCCAUGAAGAGGAGGAAGUGCAGCGUGUGCACCAGCGAGAUGGACACCUGUAAAUGGCCGGGCUCGAAGAGACACCGGCUGUACCACUGCGUGCCCUGCCAGCAGGGUUUCUCAGCACUGGACUCUUUCCUAGAACACUGUCAGGAGCACCUGCGAGUCAGGGUGGAGGAGGACUGCAUCACAGAGGGCUACACGCACCAGGCCAGCAAAGCCUGAGGUCCACUUUGAAUGUUGUCAGCGAUUUUUGCCUUUUUUGCCUUGAUUAGAGAGCGGAUAGUAAUAACAUCUGUGUGAUUGCUGUUGAUUAAUCAGUUAAUUGAUGAUGUUCGGUGUUAAGCAAACCAACACGCCAGACAAUGAAUUGUUCCAGGGCUGCACUGUGUUCUUGCAUGUCUUCUGGAACCUUUCAGGUGUUUUCUUUGUCCUAGGCGGCCAAUUAUUAACGAAUUAAUUUAAUAACAUCAUCACUGUGUCGUGCAUCGCAGCCUGUUACAAGCUUUGUUGUAUGUCGUUCUGCAGCCAGCUCUAAGAUGAAUUUAUACAAACACUUGCGUGCACUAAUCGUGGGCAGAUGAAUAGUUUCAGGUUUAUGACUUAGAGAUGAUUCAUCCACUGAAACCUGUGGCAGCCUGAAAGGUUGGAGAGGAAAAACAUGCAAAAACACAAGUAUGUUUCUUCAGUAGAGUUCUCCAUCACUGACAAACCACUAUAAUUUGCCCAUAACAUCUUAAAGUUGAGUUGGCGUCGGCUCUAAGAUCAUCUGGGCCUCAUGGGGCUGUUUGGACAUGGAUUGUGUACGUUGUAGCCAAAGCGCUGUCAGAGAUGUCUGUCUUGUUUGCGAGAGUCUAUUUUUACACCAGACAUCUGGAGUGCUUUAUGAUUCUGCUGUAUUUUGUUUUUCGUUUUGGCAAAAGCUAGAAGAGAUCUCUGGGGAUUUGUCAUUUGUAGCACUUGCAUUUAGUGCUGCGAACAUGACCACGGAAUAUUUCAUGUUUUGUCCCAAGGUAUGAAUGAAGUCACGAAGUGUGAAAUGUUUUCAACAUUGUUCUGCUGUUUUGAAGAGCCCAGCAUGUGGCAGUAGUUCAUGCCAUGACCUAUUGGAUGAUCAAACUCUUUGGCAGUCGUGGAUAGUUGUACUCAGUAGAGCCUUUCAUUGGGGCUUGUCUUAGCUGGCAUUCUCUCUGGCGAUGUUACCUAGCUAUGCAAACGGAUGGACUGACGGCGGCCCUUCAGUGUGUCUGUGAUGCUCGAUAAGUGCGCUUUGGUGAGUGAACUAGGAUCAACAUGAGCUCUUUUUUCUUUUCUUUUCUUUUCCUGAAGAAAUUUCAGCUACUGUGAAAAUGAUUAAAAAUUAUUUAAUAGGUUUUGAAGCUUCCACUUUUUCAAACGUCUUUUGUAAAUUAGUUUGUGGCUCUUUAUAGGUACACAAUAAAAAACGAACAGUUCUCAUGA